AAUAUUAUAAUGCGGGUAUUAGAGUCUACUUUUAAAUUUCUAAUUAUUUGCGGUUGCUGGCAACCGGAUUCUUGGACGUCGUCAUGUAAACGUGUAAUCUAUCACAUGCAUACAUUCUUCGUAUUUGUAUUAAUAAAUACAUUUACUUUAUCACAAUUACUGGAUAUUAUUCUUACCGUGGACAAUGCUGCUGACUUUACCGAUAAUUUUUACAUGUUACUUGCAAUGAUUGUCUCUUGUUGUAAAAUGACUAAUAUGUUGAUAAAUCGCAAAAAUAUUGCAAUCUUAAUCAACAUUCUUAUGGAGAAACCGUGUAGACCAUCGGAUCCGAAAGAAAUGGAGAUUUAUCACAGAUUUGAUAAGAGUGCGCAAGCAAAUACGAUACAUUAUACAAUUCUGGUUGAGACGACUUGCGUGUGUAUUACGUUAACGUCAUUACUCACGGACUACAGAAGACGUACAUUGACAUUUAGAGCCUGGUUACCGUAUGAUUAUUCAUCGUCAGUCUUAUUUCACGUCACGUACGCUCAUCAAUUGAUAAGUUUGAUAAUGGGAUCCAUCCUUCAUGUUGCUUGUGACGGCCUGAUCUGUGGACUAUUGAUGCAUAUUUGCUGCCAGAUUAAAAUACUGGAAUCUCGUUUGAGAAGAAUAGUACACGAGCCUCACAUCCUUCAUGAUUGCAUUCUCCAACAUAAUCGUAUUUUCGAUUUUGCUGUUAUGGUCAAUGAAAAGUUUAGAUUUACUAUCGCUAUUCAAUUUAUGGUGAGCACAUUAGUGGUGUGCUUCAAUUUAUAUCAAUUAACUAGGUCGACCACAACAAAUGCAAAGUAUAUUCAGCUAGCGUUAUACAUGUGCAGCAUGUUGACGCAAAUCUUUUUUUAUUGCUGGUAUGGAAAUGAAGUAAAACUAAAGAGUCGACAACUUGCCAGCAAUAUUUUCGAAAUGGAAUGGUGUAUAUUGGGCCAGGAUGUAAAAAAAGCUUUUUUACUGAUUAUGAGACGUAGUACAAUGCCCAUUGAAUUUACCAGCGCCUAUAUUAUUUCUAUGAAUCUUGAUUCUUUUGUGGGUUUGCUUAAAACGUCGUAUUCGGCUUACAAUAUCUUACAGAGAGUAUAAUACAGAGUGAAUAUAGAUAGCAAUUACAAUAAUUUAUAACAAUUGCAUUCAACUAAUUUUAAGCAAUAAUGCAAAUAGAUACGGUGCAACAUUGUAAUUAGUAUUGAUACUUGUAUGAUGUAGUUUUUGUUAGU